AUGUAAAAAAUAGUUCUUAUUUUUGCCAUCCUCUCAUUAAGCUUAGCCAUCGAUGUGGUCGACGACUACGAUGUAGAAUCUUAUUUGGGUGAUUGGUUUGAAGUAGCAAGCAGUCCUUGGGUUCAUACAACCUUUGAGAAAAAUGGAUUUUGUAAUAGAGCCAGAUAUGGUGUCUUGGCUAGUGGAGAUCUAAGUGUCUAUAAUGUCUAAAGAGACGGGGCUGGUGAUGGUCCAAUAAAAUCAAUUGAUGGGUAUGCCAGAAUCCCAGAUCUCACCCAGAAGGCCAAAUUGAAGGUGUUCCUGAACGGAGGACAAGUCGGGGGAGGAGACUAUUGGAUUAUUGAAUUAGGACCAGUUAUUAAUAAGAAAUAUUAAUGGGUGAUUGUGAGUGAACCUGAAAUGCUUUUCAUGUGGGUUUUGGCUAGAACUCCUUAAUAAUACAGAGAGGAGUAUGAAGACUAUGUAAGAGAUCGUGUAAGUGCCUUGGGUUUUAAUGGAGUUUUGAAUAAGUACGUUCCGAGAUUUUUCGAUAAAUGUGUGCCAUAUGAUGAUUGA